AUGCUAUUCAGCGCCCGAGAUGGGUCUGUUCCAGGGGCGUCAUGGGCCUGGAAAAAGGUGCUGCGGUUUGGAGUUGUCUUCCUGUUCGUGGUAGGAUUUGCCGCUGUACUAUGGCCCUCGGUCGAGCCAGUGAAGCUGCCGCUGCAAACAGUUGCAAACAUCACCCUCGCCUCCGAUGUCUCGUGCGAUCUCGACUACGAUAGAUUGGCAAGCCUGGACGUUCUCAAAGUCGCCCAAUAUACCCGCCGAGAAAUCGUGCUCGAUAUGACGGACGAACCAGUGCCCUACACGCAGUGGCUUGAACAGCCAUUCUUGGAAGAGCCAAAGGGCACUGAGGGAGCGGCGGACGGGUGCUCAAUUCCCACCCCAGUGUCCUUGCGGGUUCCACAGCCGCCGAAAUUGGCGGACGCAUCACACAUCGAUUUUGGAGUCGCGACCACUGUCCAGAGAUUGAAUGAGUCUCUGGAUGCAUUCGCUCACUGGGCUGGAUACUCGCGCUGUCGCAUUUUCGCUCUGAUAGAACCGGAUCUCUCAGAAUCCGGAAGACAGGAUGUCUUGGCCAAGGCCGACUCUCUGGGAAUCAACCUGUAUCUCACAGAGGUGGAGGAUGAUUACCUAAACCGAUACUUCGCCCUUAUCCCUCUUUUGAAGGAGAAUGCUCGGGAAACAACCCGAUGGGGCUGUAUCAUUGACGACGACACGUUCUUCCUGUCGAUGCCCAGACUGGUGGAUGCGCUCGCUAAGUACGACCACACCACCUCCAUGUAUAUUGGCGGAUUGUCGGAGUCUAUCCCGCAAAUUGCGACAUUUGGAAUGAUUGGAUUCGGAGGCGCGGGCGUCUUCUUAUCGAAACCUCUCUUGGCGGAAAUGACCAACGUGUACGACAAGUGCUCUGCGAUGGAUUUCACCGGUGAUCGCCGCAUCGCCAUCUGCGUCUACCGCUACACCCAAACCCGGCUGACAGUUGACCACCGUCUGAGACAGUUGGACCUGAUACACGACGCCUCUGGAUUCUUCGAGUCCGGCCGCGAGCCGCCGCUCACAGUGCACCACUGGAAGUCCUGGUUCCACGCCGACAUGCCAAAGCUAGCGGUGGUCGCCCAGCUAUGUGGCGACAGCUGCCUCCUCCGAAAAUGGCACUUUGGCGACGGAUGGAUCCUGACGAACGGGUUCUCGGUCAUCAAGUAUCACGCCGACCCAGAUCAGGACGACAUCGCCAUGGAGCAAACCUGGGACCCCCACAAUGGCGCCAAUGACGAAUCUUACCUGCACGAAUUGGGUCCCCUCCGUCGCAAGGAUGAGCAGAAAAGGUCCUUCCAGUUGCAGGAUGCCGUCCACGAGAACGACCGUGUCACUCAGUGGUAUAUCAUGCGCGACGACAAGAACGGUGAUCAAAUCUUGGAGCUGUCAUGGCGCAAGAGAUAA